AAAUAAUUUAAAUGUUUGUUUAUGUAGUCUGAUAGUGAAAAAUAUAAAUAUAUGUAACAUUUAUGGUAUAGUGAAUUUUUUUAUGAAAACUGUAUAAUGGUUUUAUUAUAUCAGGCUUUACGUUUUCCUCAGAAGAAGGCUAGGCAGUAUUUGAAAAGUAAAUUAAUCGACUCUUUGCGUCUUCAUGUACGUGGAGGUACUGGAGGAAAUGGUUUGCCCAAAUAUGGUGGUGUUGGUGGUCAAGGCGGAUGCAUUUAUUUUGAAGCUAGUUCAAAAAACACGCUCAAGGGAGUAUUACAAAAAUGGCCACAGAAAAGGCUAGCUGCCGGACACGGACAGAACAGUACACGAUUGAAAAUUCUUGGUGAAAAAGGGAAUGAUUUAAAAUUAGAUGUACCGGUUGGAAUCAAAGUUAUUCGAGAAGAUGGAAAACUUAUAGAGGACAUGGAUGAAGAAGGUAAAACAUGUGUAGUAGCAAGAGGUGGUUUUGGCGGUAAUGCCUACAACAAUUAUUUGGGAAUGAAAGGACAAGCAUAUUCAGUAACACUGGAUCUCAAAUUAAUUGCUGAUGUUGGACUUGUUGGCUUACCAAAUGCAGGAAAAAGCACUCUUUUGAGAGCAAUAUCUAGAGCUAAGCCAAAAGUUGCUAGUUAUCCAUUUACUACAAUUCGGCCAAAUAUAGGAGUAAUGGAAUAUAGAGAUUUAAGGCAAAUAACUGUGGCCGAUUUGCCUGGGCUGAUAGAGGGUGCACAUGCAAAUAUGGGAAUGGGACAUAAGUUUUUGAAGCAUGUCGAAAGAACAAAACUUUUAUUGUUAAUCUGUGAUAUUGAAGGAUUUCAACUAUCAAGAAAGCAUCCACAACGAAGUUGUAUUGAAACAGUCUUCAUACUCAAUAAGGAAUUAGAAUUGUAUAAACCAGAUUUAUUAGAAAAACCUGCCAUACUCUUAGUAAAUAAAAUGGAUAAGGAAAUAGCGAAAGAAGAAUUUGAAAAAAUUAAAGGCAAUUUGUUUAACUUGCAAGAUUCUCUCCACAUGUGUCCAAAUGAAGCUUUACCGAAUCAAGUGAUACAGUUUGACCAUAUUUUACCAAUAUCAGCUAAAACUAAUUCAAGUGAUAUUAAUAGAGUGAAAGAAACAAUAAGAGAAGUUUUGGAUUUGCAUGAUCAAUCACAAACUGAAGAAGUAGAUGAAAUUGAGACCGUACGAACACUAAAGCAAAGUCUGAUUGAGCGAGGCCCCAGUUUGACUUAA